AUGACUCACACCACCUGUGGCACUAAGGGCACCAGCUGGCACUCUUGGGAGACCAUAUGUGGAGGGCGAGGCAGUAGCAGCAGGGGUUUCCAGAGCUCGCUAACACAGAUCGGAACGGGCGACGCCAGCCACCGCGUCGCCGGAGGUUCGCCCAUCUCCGUCGUGGAAGCCGUGGGUUAUCUCGCGGGCGGCUUCGUCAGGGACAAGGAGCACGACCCCUUCGCCCGCCACGCCUUCAACGCCCGCGCCUCCAACGCCCUCCCGAACGACAGGAGGCUCCCCGACACGAGGGACCCCAAAUGUGAACAAGUGGCAUACGACGUGGAUUCGCUCCAGACAGUGUCAGUGGUGAUCACCUUCCACAACGAAGCGAGGUCUGCGCUCUUAAGGACAGUUAUAAGUGUCUUGACCCGAACGCCAGAUGACCUGCUCGAGGACCUAAUACUCGUGGACGACGCGAGUGACGACCCGCAAGACGGACAGCUCCUCGCAGGGUUGCCAAAGGUGCGAGUCAUAAGGAACGACCAGCGGCAAGGUCUCAUCAGGUCAAGGGUCAAAGGCGCCGACGCAUCUCAGGGCGAAACCAUCUUUUUCCUCGACUCGCACUGUGAGGUCAAUCAGGGUUGGGCUGUUCCCUUGCUGGAGGUUCUCAGGGAGAAACCCAAAACUCUGGCGUGUCCUGUUAUUGAUGUCAUUGAUCAGGACACCUUGGAUUACCGUGCAACAGGAACAGUGCUCAAAGGAGGCUUCGACUGGGGCCUUCACUUCCGCUGGGUUCCUUUAACGCAGGAGGAGAAGGACAGCAGAAGGGAUCCCACAUCGACGUACAGGAUAGCCGAGGUGUGGCUGGACGAGUUCACGCAUUUCUUCUACGAGACGCGACCCAACGCUAUCAACAAGCCCUUUGGGGACGUGAGCGAGCGGAAGGAGAUAAGGACGAAGCUGAAGUGUCGCGGCUUCGGCUGGUUCCUGAAGACGACCUACCCGGAGCUCUCCACGCCCUCCAAGCACGAGCUCGCCUACGGGCAGCUGCGGCAGGGGGACCUCUGUCUGCAGGGACCCGAGGCCGACCCCAAGAAUUGUUCAGAGAUGUUCAGAAUUGUCCAGAACUAUUAA